CCAAAGCACCAACUGUCAAAUGCAUUCAAAACGCUCACUUACUUUCUUCCCAUGAGAUUCCCUCUCCAGUCUUCUUAACUUAAUCCCCGUCGUACCGUCUACGUUCCUCCACCUCCGGGGACUCGUAUCUCCAUCAUUACCCUUCUUCGCCGGCGCCGCUAAUCUUUUUGUCCUCUCAGGUUACAGUUCUAUCGCAAGCCAUGAAACCCGCCGAUAUAGUCACCGCCUCCGUGGAUAUCGUCAAAGGUCCUAACUUUGUCAAAAUUGCAGCCCUUUCGCUUCUCUCCCUCUCUCUAAUCGCCCUCUUUUACCACCCCCCUUCUUUCAUUCCAUCCGUUGUUUCCUCUGCCUCCUCCUCCGCUGUUGGCGAUGUCACCACCUCCAUAUCAUCAUCUAUUUCACCACAACCUUCGCCGCCCCCAACCACGACAUCAUCCUCAAAUUCAAGUCAACGGCAGCCGCCGCCACCGUGGUUAACGGUGGGGCCAAGGAUCGGGAUAGUGGAUGAGACUGGAGCGAUGGCAGUGGAUUUUGACACUGGGGAGUUCGAUUCGAGUGCAGUGGAGGAGCUGAGGAAUUUAAGCGAUUGGAGAGAUGAAGAGAAGAAAGAAGAGAAUGUUGCCAUUGGAGUUAGACUUAAGUAUAAGAAGUACAAGAUGUGUGAAGAGACGAAGAGCGACUAUAUACCUUGUUUGGACAAUGUAGAGGAGAUUACAAGGCUGAAUCUGAGUGGCAGUGUGGAAAGGUUUGAAAGGCAUUGUCCUGAAGAAGGCAAGGGACUGAAUUGCUUGGUGCCAAUGCCCAAAGGGUACAAGAGAUCCAUACCCUGGCCCAGGAGUAGAGACGAGGUGCUGUUCAACAAUGUGCCUCAUACACGUCUUGUUGAAGAUAAGGAUGGCCAGAAUUGGAAGAAAAAGAAAGGGGAUAAGUUAAUUUUUCCAGGAGGUGGAUCACAGUUUAUUCAUGGCCCAGAUGAAUAUUUGAACCAGAUUUCACAGAUGGUUCCUGAUAUUGCAUUUGGCCAACGCACCCGUGUUGCUUUAGACAUUGAUUGUGGAGUAGCAAGUUUUGCCGCCUUUCUGCUACAGCGCAAUGUGAACACUCUAUCAAUAGCGCCAAAAGAUGCCCAUGAGAACCAGAUACAAGUUGCACUGGAGCGUGGAGUUCCUGCCAUGGCUGCAGUAUUUGCUUCCCGUCGUUUGUUGUAUCCAAGCCAAGCUUUUGAUUUGAUACAUUGUUCAAGAUGUAGAAUUGAUUGGAUUCGUGAUGAUGGAAUUUUGCUUCUCGAGACCAAUCGAAUGCUCAGGGCAGGAGGAUACUUCGUGUAUAAACGUGAAGCCAAUCUGCAGGAACAAUGGAGAGAAAUGCAGGACCUUACUAGUCGCAUUUGUUGGGAAUUGGUAAAGAAGGAAGGAGACAUUGCCGUAUGGCAGAAGCCAUUAAACAACAGCUGCUACCUUAAUCGCGAUGCUGGGGCACAACCUCCACUGUGCAACUCUAGUGAUGCUCCAGACAAUGUUUGGUAUGUCAGCUUGAGGGCAUGCAUCACUCUACUGCCUGAGAAUGGUUAUGGGGCCAAUGUUACUACGUGGCCUAUGCGCCUUCAUUAUCCACCAGAUAGACUGCAGAGCACAAUAAUGGAUGCCUCAAUAUCCAGAAAGGAGCUCUUCAAGGCAGAGUCAAAAUAUUGGAACGAAAUAAUAGAAAGUUAUGUUAAUGCUUUCCGAUGGAAAGAAAUGAACUUCCGAAAUGUGAUGGACAUGAGGGCUGGAUUUGGGGGGUUUGCAGCAGCAUUACAUGAUCUCCAGAUUGAUUGCUGGGUUAUGAACGUUGUUCCUGUCAGUGGGUUCAAUACCUUGCCUGUUAUAUAUGACCGUGGGCUUAUAGGAGCGAUGCAUGACUGGUGCGAGCCCUUUGAUACUUAUCCCAGAACAUAUGACCUGUUACAUGCAGCAGGUCUGUUCUCUGUCGAGCAGAAAAGGCACAAAUGCAAUAUUUCGAGUAUAAUGCUUGAGAUGGAUAGGAUACUAAGACAUGGUGGAAUUGUUUACAUACGUGAUACUGUAUCUGUGAUGGAUGAACUUCAAGAGAUAGCAAAAGCCAUGGGUUGGGAGCCUGCUCUUCGAGACACAGGUGAAGGCCAACAUUCUAUCUGGAAGAUUUUGAUUUGUGAGAAACGAAUACCUUGAGCUUGUCCAUUUGAUUUGAUAUCUAUCCUCACUCUUUUUUUUUUUUUCUUCUUAUCCAAAAGAAGGUGUAUUUUUUUUAUACCGUAAUCAUUCUUGUAAGUUAUUUUUGAAUUUCUCAGAAACUGCAUAUGUACAACUCAUAGAGAAAAUAUAGAUUGCUAUAUAUUUUUUGUC